UAUUCAUGACCACACUGCUGCACUUCGCAAAAUGAUAUCUUCACCCUACCUGGACAAAAUUCCAAGAUUGGAAAAUGUCGUGAGACGAAGGUCGUCAAGCGAAUGUUUUCCCAUCGGUAUCAAGCGUGUCUGAGCGACGACCAUUCCUUGGAAUUUGCUAGCGCGAAGAUAGGAGACAAAUGAAGAAUGGAGGGAUGAAGGAGAGACCAGCGGUUUAGGGCAAAGACGCUUCCAUGCUGCGAACGAGUCGACAGGUGUCCCACGCCUUCGUUGCCUCCUGCCUUCACCACGCCGCCCUCGUUUAUAGUCGUUCUUUUCGCCGUUGACGGCGGCGUGGUUGUCUUCAACACCUUCGGUCAUCUCUUCAUGCGCCUGAACAUUUCUCGAUGAACCGCCGUCCCUUCGCAACUCACAAACGUCCUCUGUCUGCCAUAUUUAUCGGUUCACUUGACUCAAACUCAACCGCUUCUCCUCCUGAACUUCCUGUCCUUCCAGCGAGUCCGAGCGCAUCAUCAAACGGUUCCGGCCUUCCCUCACCACCUGCAACCAACUCUACUGGCAGUGGAAGUGUGGGCGAGGAUAGUCCUAGCGGCAGCAGGGCUCGAAGAAAGGCUGCUUCUGGCUCGGCGUCAGAAAUGUUCAAUGGCUCGUACAAUAAAUCCCAGACCAGUCUCAGGCCUAGGACUGCAAACCUUUCAGAUGAUGAAGACGACCUGCAUGAUAACGAGCACGAUGAAGAUGACACCGCCAGGUUUUCGCUGGAACGCAAACGAUCCUCCUUGACCUCGACUACGAAGGAGAAUAUUUCUGCUCUGCAACGUGUGAGAAGUCUAACGCAGCGUAACCGCAUGGUGCUUGACAAGCUCUCCUCAAUAUCUCGCUUAAGCUCGCCCGCACCAUCGAACUCUUCUCGAUCACCUUUUUCGCCUCCAAGCAAUACUUCACCGAGUGCCGCUUCGUACAACCCAUCACGUCUGUCUUCGUCUACGCGUCCACAAAUUUCUCUUUCACACCCUUCAAACACACAACUUCCUGCAGGCAGUUCUUCAAGUGUAAGGCAGGACCGUCACGAUCAUACACAUUCCGGAUCUGAAACCGAACGUGAGCCUGAGGCCCAUCGUGAAUAUGGUCAUCAUUAUUCUUCAAGCGAUAGCAUGUCCGCCACUCCUACGACGUCCUACUCCGAAGCCAGACCUGGUGAGGACCGGUUCGUUCGUCAAAGGCCAUUAUCUGCAUCCGAUACGCCGGAUAAGUCUUUUCGCAAUGCCAAUCCAAAUGCGAACUGGCGUAAUAGGGAGCCGAGUAGGGAUAGAGAACGGAGUAGGGGACCUUCGCCUGGCCCGUCACGGACGCCAAGGAAGAGAGUUUCGAUCAUGUCAAUGCGAGAGCCAAGGUAUGCCGACGCAGAGGAUGACGACGAAAAAGAUGUUGCUGGUGCUGCGUUGGCUGCUGUGGCGAGCUCACGAAAGAGUCCAAGGAAUCGCAAUCCAUUGCCGAAGGAGUUCAGAGAGAAUGACCGGAGUACGGACGGAAAGCAGGAACCGACAACUCCACUCCGAAAUCGUGACCGAGAGCGCGCGCUACGUCGUUCACCAUCACCGCGUUCUCCAAGAGCGUCAACCUCUACUUCGUACGGCAACAACUCUUCCCCUCGCAAAUACGCUCGAUCGUCAACUGUCCGCGAGCUCACACGCAAGCAUCAGACGAGAUGGCUAUCAGAGGAUCUAUCAGCCCAAGAUCAUGAAGGCGACACCAGUGGCUAUGGUCGGAAACAGGGACAUAAGACGGCUAGCUCUGAGAGUCCUCUAACCCUGAAUAUGUCUGGUGGACGGAGCCUUGUGAACGAGGGUCUACGGGCGGCCGGCUUGACACGAAGAAAGGACGGAAAUGACGAUCCAUUUGCUGGUAAUGCAACUACUAGUGCGGCAGUAGUUCCCAGACGCACGCGAUCGACUGGUUCUGGAUCCAUUCUCAACGGUGAACCCCACCAUCCACCUCCGGCGGGACAUUCUUUCAGUCGCGUUUCAGAAAGUGUGGGAGGGUCCAGGAAUAUAGAUCCACGCACGCCUGCUCAACGACAGGAUCGCAACGUAUCGUACUCAGGAGGAUUCAAUAGGCCGGGCACUUCUAUGGCAGCUUUGCAUUCCGACGAACCGAGGACGGCACCAGCUGGACUUCGCACGUAUAGGUCAUCGUAUCCUCUGCAGCGCGAGCCCUCUUCGUCGAGCUCUUAUCAAGCUUCUGAUGAGAGUUCUCGGACCCAUCCUACUUCAGUGCACGACCGACUGUAUUCUUCGCCUUUUGGUGGGCAUGGUAAUCACACGGCUCCUUUGCCAGCUACAGCCAUGGGCAGCAAGAAUACUCGUGAUCCCCACAUGGAACAUCGUCGUCUUAUGCUGGACGCUUUGUCCAUGUUCGAGUCUCACUUAUCUCGAUUACCGCCAAUGGGACAGACCACUACGUCGACCAUACCAGAAGUCUUCCAGACAUCUCAACAUCUGAUUCACACAACGGAUAAGCUCAAUACAGCACUCAAAGCUGGCACCAAUCAAGCGCUGGAAGCGCAGAUUGAUGCAGAAGUUUCGGACUCGAAUAAUGCCAACGCAGCGGAGAUUUGGGCUCGAGUUGGUAUGGAGUACAGAGACAAUCUACGAUUGAGCGACGAGGUUGUUCGAACGAUGACUGCGUUCUUACUCGGUGUCGGGAAGGUCCUUCGCGAAGCGACCACUUCAGCCAACGCGCAUCAGCAACAACAUUCUCGGACAAUGAGCUUGGACGAUGACUCUGUCAGCAAAGCGCGGUCUACGUCGGAAGGUGUGAGCGCUGGUACGCUCUCUGUCGAUCGACGGAGCUCGGAUGGUAGGCGGAGUAGGGAGACCAGACGAAGUUGGGAUCCUCGUGAAACUAGUCAAGUUUCCUUGAAUCUAGGCAGGCUGGCAAGUCGUGAGCGGACUAAUGGGGGAAUCAGUCGACCUGGUUCUUCCAUGAAUCAAGUUCGCAGUGCAGCUUCUAGCAACGAAGCUAGGAGCGUCUCUGACGACAUGGAUCACACCCCGCAGACCAUCAGGGUUCCCUCAAGUCUGUUGUCUUCUAGCUCGGUGAGGAAACCAUAUACGCCAAGAGACCAAAGGACAACGUCAGAUCCCAGCACCAGACAAUCCAUCGUACUCGAUUCCCCAGAUUCCUACGAACCCUCUCCUACACCUGCCCCUCGAAAUGUCUUCGACCGCAGUCGUGCUCUUCCCCCACUCGCGAUACCCCCAUCACUACCUACGCUUCCAUCUGAAUCCCUGCUUCGACGUAGCGCCACCUCCUCCACCUCCGCAAGUACCGAUAAGUCAACCCGACGAAAGAUCUCUAGCAACUCUAACGUUACUGUCAGGGCUGAAGCAUCAUCAUCAUCUUCGUUUCAGCCCAUAAUCAAACCAUCCAACCCUACGACCGCCGUAACGCCACACACCGUAUCCCACUCACCUGAGACCAGUUCAACACGAUUGCCAAGGAACGACUCUGCUAGUUCGUUUAACCAUACCAAUGGUGUCACUUUCUCAAGACCCUCGACUAUUUCUGUAUCUACCCUCAGUGGAUUACAGCAGCAACAUGAUUCACACAGUCGUCAACGUACUAGUUCGACGUCUUCUGUCGAAGAACCUAUUUCUGCUGUCUCAGCCUUGCGUUCACCGAUGUCUGGUUCCGAGACAGAGAGACCGAGGACCGUUGGCUUGAGAGGUCGUGUCUCGCUUGACAAAAGUGGAACUCCUGAUCGUGGUAGCAUUACUGCAAGUAGUAGUCAAGCAUCGACUCUCCUUUCUUCAAGGAAGGAGAGACGCAGGACGAUUACCGAAAUUUUCCAACGAUAACAUCCAUAUCAUGCUCUUUUCAUUGCUCCUUGUAAGUGAUCUUCAGAGCUAUCUCACACGUUUGGACUAAUAUGUCUGGUUAGCAACAACAUUCUGUUCUACAGCUUCCUUGGUAUGCCCUUCCCGUCCUUCUGUCCUAUACAUUCGAACUUGUCGCAUGGACGCUUCAAACAUCUGUUGCAUUUUAGCCUCCUUCCCUCCACUUUAUCCCCUCCCCCUUUCUCGCUGCUUAUCUUUGCGGUGAGUGUAAAAAAGAGUUCUGUUCGCAGUGUUCAUUCCUCUUGGUCUUUUUGUGCCAUUAUCUGUUUCUCCCUUGUCUCCCCCUAAGUAUAUUUCCUUCUGUAUCUUUCACUUGCCCCCCUUUCUUUCUUUUCUCUUUCCUCUCAUCUCUCUCAAGACUCAAGUCGCAUACGUAAGAUUAUGUUGGGCCAUGCAUGCAUGCAUAAAUAUGAUAACGAUUUCUUAUCAGACAGAGUACCCCGCUCGGUUAAUUACCCGCUAUAUCAGUGUAAUGUGUUACGCUUUGUCCUCCGUCAGUCUUGCGAAUAGACAAUGUUUUGUGUU